GGUGUCGGUGUCUCUUCAGCUAAAAAAGCAGAUAAAGCGGUCCCUCGGGGUCUCGCGCUGUGGCGUCUCACGUAGUGCAGUCUUCCUCGGUCCCGACGGAUCGCACGCGGUUGCAGUUGACUCUGAACCAUCAGCUAACGCACUUCUAGCGCAAAACACAAAACUGCACAGGGCUUCCAAGGUGGCUUUCCCAAAGAUGCUUUCCAAACUCGUCAUCCUCUCGUGCUUGGUGGCGGUGGCCAUCGCCGAGUCAAAGCUGAAAGUGGACGUCGUCAGCGUGCCGGAGGGCUGUACGACCAAAUCCAAGAGCGGCGACAUGCUGACGAUGCACUACACCGGAAAGCUGACCGAUGGAACGAAAUUCGAUUCAAGCUUUGACCGUGACCAGCCCUUCACCUUCCAGCUCGGUGCCGGCCAAGUAAUCAAAGGAUGGGACCAGGGUCUUACGGACAUGUGCGUCGGCGAGAAGCGUAUCCUGACGAUCCCACCAGAGCUCGGCUACGGAGACCGAGGAGCCGGUAAUGUCAUCCCCGGAGGCGCAACGCUGGUCUUCGAUGUCGAACUGAUCAACAUCGGUGACUCACCCCCGACCACCAACGUGUUCAAGGAGAUCGACGAGAACAAGGACAUGCAGUUGAGCCGCGAGGAAGUCAGCGAGUACCUGAAGAAGCAGAUGGUCGCCGCCGACGGUGGUCAGGAGUCGGAAGACAUCAAGAACAUGAUCGCCGAACACGACAAGCUCGUGGAGGAGAUCUUCCAGCACGAGGACAAGGACAAGAACGGCUACAUCUCGCACGACGAGUUCUCGGGGCCGAAACACGACGAGCUGUAAGGGCGGUGGCGGCCGGGCUGGUGCUGUUUCCGUUUUUGAGUAAUUUUAAACAUUAAUUUCUUACGUCGAUCAAAACGCCUCCACGGUACGGCGCUAUUUAACGUACGUUAGUUAGUACGACGAUAACGCGAUGCGCGGAUGUUCUCCGUUGGUUAUUUUUUUUUUAUUUUCGCGCGAGCGUUCGUAAUUCGUAAGCACCCCCCAUCACGUGUUUCGAGCGCGAAUGUGCGCCACAUUCAGCUGUUGUUAGUGGUUUGUUGAUUUUCGGAAGUUUGUUAGUUUGUUUUCCCUGGCUGGAGUUUCGUACGGGACACUUCAGUACGGGUUGGAAAAACUUAUUUAAGACGCACAAAAACGAUCAGUUUUUGGUUCACUCUCCGUCGAUCGAGCUCCCCGGAUGGAGCAGAUCCUUGGAUGGGGUUGACAAAAUGGACUUAAACGAAACGCACGUAUCAUCACCGUCGCACAGUACGCACAUUUCCCCGAUGGGGCAUUUGAGGCAUGCAUACGAGGUACACACACACACAAAAGCCCCAUGCGAAGCAAUCAUUUUCGAUGUUUUUGGUUCGGUCGUGUAAAUACAUUCACAUCACGCGGAUAGUACUGAGGGAGGCGAUCGUGUUUCAGUUUUAGAGGAAUAUGAUUAGGAAUACGAGCGGUAGCGAAACGUGUGACCACUCGCGCACUUAACGUAAUGUUUACGCGGAUACACAAACCACAUAUCACAUCAUCAACAAUAACGACAUCAAUGGUAACAACAACGGAAAAUAAACUGUUUGU